UUCUUGGUCAUGUUCAUGAAACUGAAGGCCCACACAUCUCUGAGCAACAGAAUCUGCUGAUCUCAGCACCAUGCUACGGAAGCACAGGGAAUUUAGAAUGUGAUGAUGGUUGUUCGCAGGCUCGUCCAUCUGCUUCUGACGAUCUUUCACAUUGUCAUCUGCGCGUAAGCACUCCCACAUUCGGUCAGCGAGUGUCAGCACGCAACCUCACGAGCAGCGAUUCCGACAGCAUUGAGCUGAGUGAACAUGGCAACCUCAACCCUACUCAGACCGAUAGGACUGAAGUGUCCUACCAACCCGAUGUCGAACAUGGGUCGCUGUAUGAAUUGCAAUCG